AAUAGGAGAGUUGUUAUUUAGAAAAAAAUGUCGGAUUUGGGAAAUUUUAUAAUUGGAGACGGCGGACUCGAUUUGCAAGAACUGUCCGCCAUUAACGACUUCGACUUCGAGUUAUUUGGAAUAUCGGAGGACGAUAUUAAUCUUAGCCAAAUCGUGGAUAAUUUAGAAGUUACGGGGUCAGUAACUGACGAAGAUUUAACACUUUCCCAAAUCUGUGAUACACUGGAUAUCAAAACUGAAAAUGAAACUGAAAACGUUACUGAAGGAGCAGCUAGCAAAUCUAGUUCUGAUGCUAGACGUUUCCGAGAUGCCGUAAGCGAUGAAGAAAUACGGGAACUCAUCAAUAGUAACAUUAAUUUGAACACAAAAAAGAACACUUCGUGGGCUUUUGGAGUUUUCGAAAUGUGGAGGAAAGAAAGAGAUAAUGUUCCAGAAAUCUUGGCAAUGACGGGUGAAAACCUUAAUUUUUAUCUCGGACGAUUUAUUGUGGAAGCUCGGAAAAGAGACGGCACAGAAUACCCAUCAAAAUCCUUAUACCUGAUCACGUGUGGCCUGUUACGUUACCUGCGAGAUAAUGAUGUUACUGAUAAAAACAUUUUGGAUGCCAAUGACCACAGGUUUGCCGAAUUUAGGAAAAUUCUGGACUCCCGAAUGAAGGAUUUGUUAAAAAGGGGCAUAGGCGGCAAAACAAAACAAGCAGAACCUAUUCUUCCCGAGGAUGAGGCCAUUAUAUGGGAAAAGGGUAUAUUUGGUGACAAAACAGCAGAUACCCUCCAAUGUACAAUGUUUUUCUAUAACUGUAAAUUGUUUGGCAUGAGAGGCCAUGACGAACACCAUGCACUUGAGUGUGAUCAGUUCAUUAUUGGAGAAGACUCUAAAGGAAAGUACGUCGAGUUUGUGGGAAGAGCUUCGAAGACAUUCAAAGGAGGACUCGCGCAGCGAGAGAUCGACAUAAAGAAUAUCAGACACUACAGUAACCAAGGUGAACGCUGCAUAGUCGAUUUGUAUGAGAAGUACCUGCAGGUCCUAGUCUCUGGGAAAUUCUACAGGCGCGCAUUACCUGGCACACCUCCGAGGUUUGGGAACCAACCGGUAGGGGUUAAUAAACUGAGAAAUCUUAUGAAAAUUGUUUGUGCACGCGCGGGAUUAAGUGGAAAUUAUACCAAUCAUUCGGGAAAACGCACAUGCGCAACACAACUCUACAUCGCCGGGGUUGAUGAGCAGGAGAUCAUGAACAGAACUGGACAUAGGUCAGAAAAGGCUGUGAGAAAAUACAAGUCAGCUGACGAAUCGGUGUUACGCAAAGUAUCCUCAGUGUUAGAUCCUCCACAGAAAAGAAAAUGUCCCGAAAACAAAACUCACCAAGAAGAGCCCACUGCCAAACGUGCUACAGUGCCUCUCAGUGAUAUAAGUAAUCUCCCGACAGGAAGUCUUUUUAACAACUGUCAAGUUACUUUUUAAUGUCGGAAACAAGUGACCUUUUAAACGAUUUUUGAAGACGUGGCAUAGUGACAUUAGUGUUUAUGAAUUUUAAGAA